AACUUUAUUUACAUUUUCAUUCAUUUAUUUUUCGAUUUGCCUUGAUAAGUGUUAAAAUCAGUAAAUUCUUGUGCAAACAGAGAAUGGCCACGGGUGUUACAAAAAUGCAAGUCCUAUCUAUGUACAAAAAUCUGAUGAGGGAGUCGCAGAAAUUCGCUAACUAUAACUUCAGAUCGUACGCGCUACGUAGAGUCAGAGAUGCCUUUAAAGCCAAUAAGACGUUGUCAGACCCCAAGCAGAUCCAGAAAGAAUACCAAUUUGCUAAGGAAAAUCUUGCUAUCAUCAGACGCCAAGCAGCAAUUGGAGAUAUGUACCAGACAGAGAAACUAGUUAUCGAGAACAUCCGGUAAAACAAGUUGUACCAAGUUAUAACAACGGAGAAUAUAGUUAGUUAUUGAAAACAUAGAAAUCACAAGUUGUAUGAGAAGUUAAGUAAGUCAGUCAAGUUAAAUUACCCCUUUUCCAGGCACAGUUCUGCCCUGCUAAGGCAAUCGGAGGUACCGUCAACCGGGGUGAAUAGGGACGGCUAGGUCGAAUAUGGACAAAACUUAAAAUGUGAUAUACCUGACAAUUAAAAAAAUACUUACACAGAUUAUAUCCUUCGAUUGAAAAUAAUAGUAGAUUUUGUAUGAUGCAAUUUAUGUGGGUAUUUUCUAAGAAAUUAUCAGAUAAAUCACUUUUAAAGUUUUGUUCCUAUUCACCCCAGCUGUCUCUAUUCACCCCGUAUCUCUAAUUAAAAUCGGUAUCUCUGAAUGGGACAUAUACUUUAAAUUCUGUAUCUUAAAAUUCAAUUUUCACAGUCUUUUUUUGAUAAAUGUGGGCAGAGUAUGAUUUAUUAACCUCAUACAUGUCGAGACAAUAUUAACCUUAGCAGUCUAAUUUAAGGUUCAAAUUAGACUGGACUUUUGCAAAAUGUGACUUGUUUUCAAAUGGGACUUAUUGGAAUAGAUUUCUGCAAUCUAGCAAAGGAAUAAAUCAAUGGAUAAAUUAAAUUUAUAAAUCCUAGUAUAAUUACAAGUUUCUAAUUAUAUCAGACAUAAAAAUGAAUCAAUAGGUAUUUAUCUUAAUAAAAAAUCUGCGAUCUGCGAUUUAAAAAAAAUAUGCUUCUUUUCUCUACCUUUUGCCUAAUCCCAAAAAUAAACAAUAUUUUCAUUCUUACUUAAUAACCGGGUCCACACAGAGCGAGCAUACGCGCGAGGCAAUUUCCUCACGCACAAACCGGUUAGUGUAGACGUGCCUCGGCCAAGGCGGCGCGUACGUUUUCCUCGCCCGAAUGCGCCGCCUCGGCCGAGGCACGCUCGCUCGCUCUGUGUGGACUCGCCUAAUAUUGAAACAUAUCAGAAGCGUUUUAAAGGUCUGUAGAAAAUAUUUGUUAGUCAAACAAGGUACCUUAUAGUUCGUUAAGUAAGAAUGAAAAUAUUGUAUAUUUUUGGGAUUAGGCAAAAGGUAGACUUGAGAAGCAUAUUAUUGUUUAAAUCUCAUUUUAUGGGAUUUACCCACGAGUCGACAAAGUUUUGAGAUAAACCAACCACAAUAAAAUCACCAGUUUUAGGAAUCGAAUAGAGCCGUAAAAAUUGUCUUAGAACUCUUGUGUUAAUAUUUUGAGUAAUCUGAAGAAAGAAGAGAAAAAGCCGUAGGCGGCUCGCGAGCCGAGGUUUGCUGACCACUGAUAUAACCCCAUCUCAUUAUGGACUAAAGCAAAGUUUGGAUACCUAUUGCUUCAAUUAAAGAUAAAGAUAGUUUAAUAUUCAAGUAGGCAUUUUACAAUGCGCUUAUGAAUUUUAAAUCCUGUAUUAUACAUAUAUUUAACGUAAAACCUUUACAUUUCAUUUUCAAAUCGAGAACGACGAGAACCGUCUUUUGAAUUCGAUUUUUGAAGGAGUUUUUUGUGUUUAACUGUUUAAGUAAGUACCUUAAAUGUUGGUUAAAAACGAAUAAUACCAUCCGAGACUGACUGCAAAGUUCUUAAUUUUAAUUUCCCGGUUAAGACAAAUUGCACAACACUUUCGCGUUCUCAAGUUGUUCAGAGUGAAACCGAAGAAAACCGGUUUUAACCGGUUAAGACAUAUUGCACAACACUUUCUCGUUCUCAAGUUGUUCAGAGGGAAACCGAAGAAACACUUUCGCGUUCUCAAGUUGUUCAGGGCGAAACCGAAGAAAACCGGUUUUAACCUGUUAAGACAUAUUGCACAACACACUCGCGUACUCAAGUUGUUCAGAGCGAAACCAAAGAAAACCGGUUUUAACUAUCUACAAUGUUAACGUAAAAUCUUACAACAUUUCUUGUAACAAGUUGUUACACUUGUCUAUUUGCUGAGGGGACAAAAUAACAAAAUAAUUCUUCAAAAAUGACAAUUACUCUAUAAACAUUGCUACCUCAUUUACCUUUCAUGAUUCGCCUCUGAUUUUAAUUUUUUUUAUAUAUGUAACUAACCUAAAUUAACAACGGUAGACUCGGAGGCAAGCCGGAGUUGACUUCUUUUUUAUCCAAACCACAUGUAAAAAACCUAAUUUGCCUCAAAAUAAGCAGAUAAUUUGAUUGUUUGGACACACGCCACUUAUCUUUGUUUUAUUUGCCUCCAGGACGUAUUUAAAAAGACACUGUAUUAAUUAUUGCAUUUUUGUAAUUAGUGACGUUUAAUUUAAGUUGAUAUUUAAAUAUAAAUAUAUGAGAAGUAAUGUUUUGA